UGUGCAACACGACAGAUAACAUAACAAUGCAGUUAAAAUAAUUUGCAGAUUUUAGAGUUUCACUGUUUGCUUCGUAUGUUGAAUCAAGGAAAUCGGAUGACGAAAAUGAAUAUUUUGAAUGGGCUUUGCAGCCUAGUUCUAACCUCUACACUUCUCAACUUUGCAGAUGCUGAGGGCGAGCCUCCUAUGCCACCCUGUCUGGAAUCCCCUCCGGCAAACCAGCUUUUUUACUCACCAGGCUUUCCGGAACAGAACAACGGAAUUGCCAACUGCAACUACAGUUUUGAAGCAGAACCUGGACAGAAAGUUCUCCUGACCUUUCUUUAUGUCAAGAUAAAUGGUGGAUAUAGAUGUAAUUCUGCGCAUAUAUCCAUGUAUUUCUCUAACGGAACACUGGAAAAGAAAAUUUGUGGAGACACUAGUGAGAAAAGUGAGUUUUUGUCCGAGGAUUCUCAGCUGGGGUUUAAGUAUGAGACAAGGAGAUAUUCAUCUAGCAGAGGUUGGGUCGCUAAGUGGAGAAGUGUUCCUGCAGAUUAUAUUAUUAACUCGGAUGAAGGAAAAGAGUCCUUCUUCCUGCCCCACCCUGUCACCUUCCUGAGGAUGCAGGAGGAGGAGGUGUGCCUGGUGAUUGAGGGGUUCGAGGGGGAGGUCGAGUUCACAAUGCAGUUCUAUUCCUUUAAUGACAGGUCGUCUUUCUACUCCGAACCAAAAGAUAUUGACGCGAUACAGUUAACCGAGUUUUCCCAAGCAAAACCUGAUACUGAAUACAAACAAAAAGGAGGGGCUGAUGGUUCAAAAGUUUGUAUAGCUGUAAACAUACCGUUCACACCAGAUAACGUUGAACCAGCAAUCCUUAAAAUAACGAUUAAAGACGAUGGCAGCUUCCUGGAGGAAAUUUUCAGGGAGGUUCGAAUCAUUAAACCUGAAACUGUAACAAAGCUGCAGACAGACAAGGGGAAAUACAAAGGUGGAGACACCGUCAGAUUUAGGAUUAUGGGUUUGGAUUAUAAUCUUAAGGCGCUGAAUGAGACGUUCUCUACCUUGAAGGUUAUGGAUCCCUCGUAUAGAACUAUUCAACUCUGGAAGGAUGUUUCUCUUGAGGCCGGACUUAUACAGAGGGAAUUUGAACUCCAAGAUGAACCUCUGCUCGGAGACUGGAGGGUUGAAUUAUACUCCGGAGAUACUUUAAAGCUCAGAGCUAAUUUUGAGGUUUCUGAAUAUGUCCUGCCCAAGUUUGAAGUAAAAAUUGAACCCCCAGCAGUUGUUCUACAAGAUGCGGAGUUUACUGAAUGGAAAGUAUGUGGAAAGUAUACACAUGGAGCACCUGUUAAAGGAGAAAUACUAGCACAGUUCUCAGCAAAUAGGAAUUAUAACGGGUAUGGAAGGUUUAGGUCUGGACAAACUAAAUAUAUCAACUAUACUCUCACAGUUCCAGAAGAUCAGGAUUGUGUUCAAGUUCAGCUCAGUAAAUCUGACCUAGCUGAACUGCAGGAUACUAAGAAUGGAGAGCAAGCCUCUAAUAUCAACUUUAAUGUUGACUUUACUGAAGAAGGAACGGGAACAAUUGAGUCAGCAGUAGGAAGCUCAGUUAGUGUGGUGAACAAGGAGUUUUUGAUCAGUUUUGGUUCAAGUUCUUCUCAGUUUAUCCUCGGAGGUUUUCCUUACACCGCAGAAAUACAGGUGAGCAACCAUGAUGGAACCCCGCGUGUCAAUGAGAGAUUAACUGUCUGCUCCAGACUUUUCCGAGAUAUUGAAGAUGUUCGAACAGUUUUUAACAGCUACUGGUCAUUCACUGAAGAUGAUUUUAUCUCUCAGAUUAAUAGCAUUCAGAACCUCACCUACAGAAACUCAUGUCAAGAGGUUAGGACGGAUGAGGGAGGAUAUGUCAGAUAUUCUCUAUCCUUGGGAAAACUGCCGAAGGAUGUGAAGAAGCUAAGUGUUAAAGUUACAGCUGCUGAUGUCCAGAUAGCAGAGGGAUCCAGCAUGGCUGUACCAACUGAGAGGCAUGAUGUUACCUUGGAACAAACAGAGGGAAGCCUUUCACUUUCAAUCAACAACAAGCAAGGAAGCAAGCUGAAUUGUACUGAAUUCAAUACAUUUACUGUUUAUGUAGCUGGGAAUAAGGGAAUUGAACGAGAACUUAAACAUUAUGUCAUUUCCGGAGGAGAAGUUCUUUGUGUUGGAAGUCAAACAAUUGCCCUCCAGGGAGAAGAUGACAGAAGUGAUCUGCUGGAUGGUAGAACUGAAUUGAAUAUUGAGGGACUAACUGAGAAUCCUGACUCAAUUAUAAAGAAAGCUGAAAUAGAAGUUGAGGCUCAGAGCCACAAAGCAUUCCCUACGGUUAAGAUUGUUACCUAUAUGACUGAUGGGAAUGAAACUCUGACUGACUCUCAUGAAAUGGGAGUAAACUUUUGUCUUGAGAACCCCGUGGAGGUCUCAUUAAGCACUUCAGAGACUUCUCCUGGGUCUACCGUGGUUCUAAAUUUGCAAACGGACAAAGGAUCUUUGUGUGGUCUGUCUAUGGUGGAUAAAUCUGUAGAACUACUGGGAAAUCCGAAUAAGGUAUCAAAAAAGGUGAUUGGAGAUAUUAGGGAGACUAUGAAGUCCCAAAGAACGAAUUAUUAUAGUUCACAAAAUUGGGAAUUAAGAAAUAAGUGUCCAGUCCUAGCUAAAUUUCUAGAUGAAUUUUCCAACGCUGGAAUGAGUGUUAUUUCUAAUUUGCCAAGUUUUACAGCUUGUCAGACCCUAGAAGUUUACAGUGGAGACGAAGUAGAAGAGCCAGAAUAUGUGAACUAUGGGUAUUCAGAGGAGGGGAAUGAAACUGGACAGGACUAUGAUGGAGAAAAUGAUGUACAAG